ACUAUAUUCAUCAAUUUUCUUUCACAAGUUCUAACCCCUUUUGUGUUUUUUAAAUUCAUUAUCAACCAAAAAAAAAAAAAAAAAUGGAUAACUCUCAAAAGAUGAGCUACCAUGCCGGAGAAGCCAAGGGUCAAACUCAGGAGAAGGUGAGUAAUAUGAUGGAUAAGGCAAGCGAUGCAGCCCAAUCAGCUAAGGAGUCAAUACAAGAAGCAGGACAACAGGUGAAAGCAAAGGCACAAGGGGCCACUGAUGCUGUCAAGGAUGCAAUUAACAAAUAA